CCCGCGGUCCCAUAACCCCAGGGGACUAUCCCGCUCCCUUUGGCAGCAGAGGUGGUGAGCGGGGAGAGCGCUUUGGCACGGGGAUGCUGGGUACAUGCCCUGGACACUCCCUAUGGAACCCGCUCCUGGGCUGGGCAAUUGAACUUAGUAGUCGAGCGCCACUGGCUAAGUCUGCCAGACAAGUCUUAAUUCCCCGGUCGCGCACCCCCGCAGCGGCCUGGGCUCUGCGGGUUUGUCCAGCGGGUUAAUUUCCUGCCCGGGUGCCCGGGUAACUCCCCUCCCUCCCGCCUCCGCCUCCUCCUACCCAGCUGCCUGACUCCGCGGUCGGUCCGCGCUGCUCUCCUUCGCCCCUGCGCGCCCUCCGGCUCCCCACGCCGUCAGCCUUGCUCGCCCCAGGAGCCGAGUACCCGUCGUCUGGUCGCCGCCCGGGGGUCCUGGCCAUGCGCCCCCGCGCUGUCCCCCGCCGCCCCGCCGCGGCGCUUGCGCUCUGCAACCUCUUGCUGCUGCUCGGGCCCGGGCUCUCGUGCCCCGCAGGCUGCACCUGCACGGACCCGCACACUGUGGACUGCCGCGAUCGCGGGCUGCCCAGCGUGCCCGACCCCUUCCCGCUGGACGUGCGCAAGCUGUUGGUGGCCGGCAACCGCAUUCAGCAGAUUCCCGAAGACUUCUUCAUCUUCUACGGCGACCUGGUGUACCUGGACUUCAGGAACAACUCUCUGCGCUCGCUGGAGGAGGGCACGUUCAGUGGCUCGGCCAAGCUCGCCUUCCUCGACCUCAGCUACAACAACCUCACCCAGCUGGGCGCCGGGGUCUUCCGCUCCGCCGGAAGGCUGGUCAAGUUGAGCCUGGCCAACAACAACCUGGCGGGCGUGCACGAGGCCGCCUUCGACACCCUGGAGUCGCUGCAGGUGCUGGAGCUCAACGACAACAACCUGCGCAGCCUCAGCGUGGCCGCCCUCGAUGCGCUACCCGCGCUGCGCACCCUGCGCCUGGACGGGAACCCCUGGCUGUGCGACUGUGACUUCGCCCACCUCUUCUCCUGGAUUCAGGAGAACGCGUCCAAACUGCCCAAAGGCCUGGAUGGGAUCCAGUGCUCCCUGCCCACUGAGAGCCGGCGGGUGGCCCUGCGCGAGCUGUCUGAGGCCAGCUUCAGCGAGUGCAAGUUCAGCCUGUCGCUCACGGACCUGUGCAUCAUCAUCUUCUCGGGCGUGGUUGUGUCCAUUGCCGCCAUCAUCUCCAGCUUCUUCCUGGCCACUGUGGUGCAGUGUUUCCAGAGGUGCGCCCCCAACAAAGAUGCCGACGACGAGGACGAGGAUGAGGACGACUGAGCCCCCUCUUCUGCUCUUUCCUUACUCUCCUAGCCUCACCAGUGGUGCCUCUGUUAGACAGAAAUGCUGAAAACAGAAAAGCAUCGGCCACCAUCCAUGAGCAGGACACAGCCUGCUCCAUGUCUGGGACCCUGGGAGCCUGCUGCAACCCGGAUCUCGGAGUUUAGCAUCAGCAGAGAGAAGAAGCCCAGACAAGAUAGAGGUCCCCUCGCAGAGCCCACCUAGGGCGCAGAUGUGUAUGGGGGGCAGGUGGCCAAGUCAGGCUCCGUGGCUGCUGGCAGAAACCCUCUCGAGGAGAUAGGAAGACUUGUGGCCUCCAACUGUAAGGAUGCUUGUACUGGUCUUUCUCUGAUCUGCACUGGAAGACCACAAGCCAUCUCCUUCCUCCCAAGAGACAGUAGCUCAUCAGCAGAGAGUCAAAUUCAAGUUCAAACCAUUCUCCAUGGGAACAGGAAAUCUCCUCUUCAUAUACUAGGCUCGGCAACCUUGGGAUUUUAUAGGAGAACAAAUAAACUUACACACAAUAGACAACGUUUGUGCCCCCACUCCCAUGCCUCGAUGAUGGUAUUUUGAGGUGAGGCCUUUGGGGUGUGAUGAUGGUGUCCUCCUGAGUGGCAUUAGUGUCCUUAGAUUCCAGAGACCCAGGGGCAGAAGCAGCAGGAAGGUGGCCAUCUUCUAACCAGGAAAGGGCCCUCUCCAGAUCCCAGCUGUGCUGGUGCCCUCCUCGCCCACUCCCAACCUCCAGAACUUCGAGAAAUAAAUGUCUAUUGUUUAUAAGUUG